AUCACAUCUGCCCUGCUCCCGUCCUUAUAAAUACAAAUCCCUCACAUCUCGCAAAGCAAACAAUCUUAGAGCAGCUACCCUAGCUUGUCCAUCUCUCUUGGAUUGCACUGGGUACUCCCUUCUUAUUGGCUAGGCUAGAUAGUCGGUCACUCAGCUCCGAGACCAUGGCAACAAGCAGUACCCUGGCCGAGAUCAGGCGUUCACAGCGUGCGGACGGGCCUGCGGCCGUGCUGGGCAUCGGCACAGCGAACCCGCCCAACUGCGUAUCCCAGGAGGAGUACCCGGACUACUACUUCCGCGUCACCAAUAGCGAACACCUCACGUACCUCAAACAAAAAUUCAAGACAAUGUGUCAGAGCACAGACACGGAGAAGCGUUUCUUUCACCACACGGAGGAUCUGCUCGACGCCCACCCUCAUUUCCUGGAUCGCGGGCAGCCGUCCCUCGAUGACCGGCUAAUGAUCACAGCCGCCGCUGCUCCAGAGCUCGCCGCAUCAGCCGCGGCGAAGGCCAUAGCCAAGUGGGGCCGUCCAGCCACCGACAUCACCCACCUCAUCCUCAGCACCAACUCAUGCGGGCACGCCCCGGGCGCCGACCUCCGCCUAGCCUCUCUCCUCGGCCUCCGCCCGUCCGUCGUUCGCACGAUGCUCCAGCUCAAUGGCUGCGCCGCCGGUUCCGCUUCGCUGCGCCUCGCCAAGGACAUAGCCGAGAACAACCGCGGCGCGCGUGUCCUGGUGGCCUGCGUCGAGCUGACCAUCGUCGCCUUCCGUGGGCCAGAGGAGGCAUACCCCCACACCCUCGUCAGCCAGGCUACGUUCGGCGAUGGCGCGGGCGCGGUCAUCGUCGGUGCUGACGCCGUGCACCAUUUCGAGCGCCCUCUCUUCGAGAUGGUAUCCGUCUCGCAGACGGUGAUACCGGGGACCGAUCACGUGCUCACAAUGAAGCUCACGGAAGCCGGUCUUGACGGCCACCUUUUGAGGCGGGAGCUCAUACCGAUAGCGGCAGAGAACAUUGAACGGUGCCUGUCGAAUGCGUUUGGGCAGCUUGGAGUUGGCGUGGAGUGGAAUGACCUCUUCUGGGCGGUGCACCCUGGCCUCCGUGCAAUCUUGGACCACAUUGACGGGGCUCUCCGGUUGGAGCCAGGGAAGUUGGCGGCCAGCCGGACUGUGCUAAGAGAGUACGGGAAUAUGCUUGGUGCGACGGUGAUCUUCGUGCUCGAUGAGCAGCGGCGGCGAAUGGAGGAGGAUGGAGAGGGGGCUGAUUGGGGUGUGAUGGUGGGAUUUGGACCGGGGUUCACUAUUGAGACCAUGGUGCUGCAUGCCACCACCAGCCUCAGGAAAAAAUAUUAACACUUUUUUAAGCUACGUACAAAGCUACUUCUUUCAUAUGUAAUGUGAAAAUAAAGUAAUAAAGGGUCAACCCGGAGGUGGUUUGAAUACAAUGGUAUA